AUUUUCGACUCCCCAGGCCCCAAAACUCCCAAUUCUCAGUUCUUUUCUCUCAUCUUCUCAUUCUACUCCCACCUUUUGUACCUGCCGCAUUUGUGUUGCUGCCUCCGGCGCCCCGCCGACUCACUUGAACAGCCAUCGCUGCCAUCCAUCCAUAUCCGUAGAAAAACAGACAAACCCAAGCAAUGAACUCGGCGACUCGGAGUGUGUGGAACGUUUUCAAACGGUCGAGUCAGGGCGUCGACUCAGUGAGCCACGGGCACCAUCAUCGUCAAGAACAAUGGAGAGGGAUUCGGGUGAAGGUCUUCAACGGGAACCUGGAGUCGGCGCUGACGUUUAUGCAGAGGAAGAUGCAGUCCAGUGGGAUCGAACGGAUGAUAAAGCGCGAGCAAACCCACCACAUCAAGAACUCUGAGAAACGAGUCUUGGCUCGCAAGAACCUCGAGCGUAGAAUCAAAUCUCAGGACCUCGCUCGCAAGCUCAAGGCCAUCCUCUCCAAGAAAGUCAGAGGCCUGUGAGAAUACAUGGCUCAAGCAGAUGCUUGACGGACAUAUAAACCAUGCCUUCUUUCCCUCUGGAGUAUCAUGGCCAAUACAGCACCCUCUUUUUGCACUGCCAUUGUAGUUUUUGUAGACAAGUUUAUUGACUCAGCUUUUUCUCAAGGAAAAAAACUCAUGUUUCAUUUGAAGAAUGUUACUUCAAAAGCUUUCAUUUUGUCAUUAAGUGGUGUAUGAGUGGCUCUUAGCAAGCUCAAGUCUAAAUUAUCCAUAUCAUGCCACUUAAAAUGAUUUAGAGUUACUCAGUAUAUUGGAAUCGAUCCAUAUGGUUCUGCAAGAA